GCUAUUGGAUGAAAAAGAUGUCAUUUAUGUCAAGGCUUUUUCUUGCAACGUUGCACAUGUACUUUUUAAUAUAUUCCUUCACAGAGGACUCAGAAAAACCCAAAAUGUAUGCCUUGUGGAAAUCAUUUCUGCGGAGGGCUGGCUGUGAAGCCAUUCUCAAAGAAGGGAAACGGGGAGAAAUGGCUGAGCUGUGUCGGAUUCUAAUCAGUGGCAACAGGUUUGAAGAGGGAUGAGUCCUCCCCAAAAGAUGGAACUCAACGUUAUUGCAGCAGUGUGAGAUUAUCUGACGGAGAAUGGAACAAAAGGCAGACAACAUCGAGAGAAGGGCUUUGGGAUGUCCUUCAAGAAGUCUGGAGAGCUAUUCCUGACCACUCCUCAAGGAGAGGACUCACAGUUUGAGUAGGUUUUCUAAUCUGAGUUCAGGCUGUUGCAGAGUAAGGAGGAUCGUAUCAAAUUUUGCCUUCACAGAUAAUACCAACUAUAUAAAUCCUGUAUUUGUCUGCCAUAUUGCAUUUACAUUUAUGCUUGCAUGUUUGAUAUGAUCCAUGCACAAAUGUGCUAUUUCUCUGACAAGAUGUCCAUGUUUGAAGAACCAGUGCAUAACUUGUAUUCAGCCUGGCCAAAGUUUCAAAGAUAAUAAAGUCAUUGAAUUAGGGGGUAACGUCCUCUUAUAUAAAGGAGGAUAUAAUUACGUACAGGAAGAUCGAGCCCUGUCCCGGAUUCGUUUUACAUUGACCGUCAAAAUUAUGCAAAUGACGGCGGACGUGCAGGCAUCUGAGGACAGCUCUGCGCACUCCAAAAUGGCGAACCGCAACAAGGACCUGGAGGAGGAGAUUUACGACAAGGUCGUAGACAUAACAGAGUACGCCAAACGACAGCGAUGGUGGAACCGCAUUUUCGGGAAAAACUCCGGUCCAAUAGCAGAGAAAUACUCGGUGGCUACGCAGAUCGCCAUAGGAGGAGCUAGCGGAUGGUGUGCGGGCUAUCUCUUCCAGAAGGUUGGAAAAGUGGCUGCCACGGCGGUCGGCGGCGGCCUGCUGCUGCUCCAGAUAGCCAACAAUAGCGGGUACAUCCAAGUGGACUGGAAGAGGGUAGAGAAGGAUGUCAACAAAGCUAAGAAGCAGCUGAAGAAGACCACAAACCAAGCAGCCCCCGAGCUAAACACGUUUUUCGAAAAGUCCACAGAGUUUGUGAAGAAAAACAUUGUUGUCACAAGUGGCUUCGUCGGAGGGUUCCUGCUCGGCCUGGCAUCUUAGGGUCUGCCAAAGGACGACAGUCUGUGUGUUUCUGAUGGAAGGAAAGUCUCUCAAUUUGCUGGAAGGUCUUUAUUUUUUUUACAGUUAGCAGCGAGCUUCAGAUUAGCGUCUUGGUAAAUGCUUUCCACAAGCUGCACAUCUUUUUGUCUUUAAUACUGUUCAACCAAACGACAGGUGGUGUCAGGGUGGAACCUCUUUGGCCUCUUUAUCCCCUUGAUGUACUUGUUAGACUGAAUGUUAAAACAUAUCAUGCAGAAUGACAUGAAAACUAACCAUAAGUAAACCGAGAGAAUUUAACUAUUUUCUAUUUAUUUAUUUGAACCAAAAUGAUAGUUCUCCAAUAUAAAUUGCAUUGUGUUUGUGCUAAAAAUCAGCCAGGCACGGGGCAGCUAAGCCUGUGCAUUGAUCGUCACAUGUCAUAGGACUCCACUGUGAUGAGUGUUGUAUUUUUACUUGGCAGGAUUAUUGUCAUGUUAGGGUGAAAACUUGAAUGCUGUUAUUCAUGGAUAUGGAAUUAUUAUGCCUUUUGCAGAGGUGCUGAAGGAGUUGUAUCUGCCUCCCCUGCAUUUCUUUUUUUAUGUAUCUGGUUCUGCAAUGAAUGGAUUGUGGUACUCAAGACUGUGGUUUGCCUACUCGAAAUAAAAAGAAAAAUUAAAAUGUCUCAAA